UAAUGGACGAAACAGGUGAUGAGGUUGAAGUGUUACUGGAAACAACUGAUUUGUUAGGAAUGAAGGUGGCGGACUUGAAAAAGGAGUUGAAAUUAAGAGGCUUAGCUAUUACGGGCAACAAAAAUGAAUUAAUUGAGAGACUUCAAGAAGCCAUGCAUCUUUCAAAGGAUGUAGAUCAAACAGAUCCAAGAGAUGAGGUAGAUGAAGAUGAGGUUCUUGGUGAUGAGCACUCAUCUGGUGAGGACACAAUAACAACAGAAGACCACGGGACUGUUAACGAAGAAGAGAUCUUUGGCGCAGUAACAAAAUCAGAAACGGAAGUUCUCACCAAGCCUGUUGUAAAGGUGAAACCAAGUCCCAAGCAACAGGUGAUCAACACAAAAGUUGAUAAAGCACCCAGUAAGGUUACUGGAGUGACUAGAAUUUCAAGACCAGUUUUACAGCAGAAGACUCCAGUAAAAACCUCUGAGAAGAGUGUGGCUGAACACGAGGAAGACCUAAAAAAGAAAGUAGUCAUUACAUCUGUAAAAACCUUGACUCCAGAAAAGGUAUUUUUAUUUUUUUCCCCUUAAUAAACCAUCCAGGUA